CCAAAAAAGAGAAGAAAUUAUAAUUCAUGGGGCAUAAAACCCUAGAAAAUUCGAAGGGUUUUACAGCAGAGACGAAGGAGAGAAAGAGAGGCAGCGAGCGAGCAGUCAUUUCUCUCUUCUUGCAGCGAUGCCGAAGUCUAAGCGUGAUCGACCAGUGACGUUGUCGAAGACGAAGAAAAAGGGGAGAGGGCAUAAAGAAUCGAUUGUGAAUUCGAUAAGGGAAGAAAUCGAAAAGUACAAUUCUGUUUAUGUUUUUAGUUUCGAGAAUAUGAGGAAUCUCAAGUUCAAGGAGUUCAGAGAUAAGCUCAAAUCGUCUAGCAGAUUUUUCCUUGGAUCAAACAAAGUUAUGCAAGUCUCUCUAGGCCGAUCUGUUUCUGAUGAGAUUAGACCUGGCCUUCACAAAAUUUCUAAGCUUAUACGUGGAGAUUCUGGGCUUUGUUUUACCAAUUUGCCAAAAGAAGAGGUCCAAAGGUUAUUUAAUGAGUUCGAGGAAUAUGAUUUUGCAAGAACUGGUAGCAUUGCAUCAGAGAAGGUGGAGCUUAAAGAAGGUCCUUUGGAUCAGUUCACACAUGAGAUGGAACCCUUCCUACGCAAGCAAGGGAUGCCUGUUAGGUUGAACAGAGGGGUGGUGGAGCUUGUUUCAGACUUUGUUGUUUGUGAAGAGGGGAAGCCAUUGUCCCCAGAGUCAGCUCGCAUACUGCGUCUGCUUGGUACCAAAAUGGCUACCUUCCGGCUUCACUUAGUUUGCAGAUGGAGCCCUGAGCAAUUUGAAGUUUAUAAAGAAGGGCUUGAUGACUCGGACAUUGAAUCCUCAUAGUAAUUUCUGUUGAAGGAUCCAUGAUGAUGAAUAUCGUCUUCACCAAGUAAUAGAGCAGCAGCAUUUUCAAGGGCAUGCCAGUUUUCUUCUGGAUCUCAGGCUGAUUAAAAUCGGAUGAUGCACCAUGAUCCAAUAUUUCAGUGUUAUUUCUUUAACUGUUGUACUAAAUUUUUGCGUAAUAUUUUUGUCAUCGAUUAAUGAGUUGAGAUUUUGUUUUAAUAGAUUCUGGUGUAAAAUCUCUUUAAGUGAUCAAAGGAAGUUUUCCCCCUUUGUUAAA